GCAGUCCCCCAGAAGGGCCCCUCUUUGUCAUUUGUGAUUGCUGAUCAGGCGCCGGCUAGUACCUUCUUAGUUCUCUCUAUCAAAAGGUAGUCCCGUUCCUCAUACAACACCGGGAUAUCCCUCUUUGCUCUCUAGCUACUCGACUGCUCGCCAGCCUGCCAGCCAGCCCACCUCAUCUUUCCGGCUCAUGCGAUAUUCUUUAUCUAACUUGAGCCUCGUUAAAAGGAUACCGAAUAAGCGGGAGAUGCCCUCCCCUUCGUCGUCCUCCAGCUCUGCUGUGCCUGCUUCUCCUCCCAACAUGUCGGCCUCGACCAGGGAGAUGCUGGCGCGCGUGCGGCAGAUGGUGCCGCCUUUGUUAGAGAAGUUUCAUAAAGGCCAACUGGGACGUGUCGCGGUCAUUGGGGGCAGUGAAGACUACACUGGCGCGCCGUACUUCUCGGCUAUGGCGAGCGCACGAUUGGGAUGUGAUAUGUCCCACGUCAUCUGCACCCCGUCCGCCGCCACCGUGAUCAAGUCAUACUCUCCCAACCUGAUGGUUCACCCGCUGAUGCGUUCGUCGCCCUCGUCUACCUCGGCACCCGUCACGUCAUCCUCGGGCGCCGACACCGACGCGCAGCAGAUCGCCGCGCGCAUCGUCCCCAUGCUCGACCGGCUGCACGUGCUAGUCAUCGGGCCCGGGCUGGGGCGCGACCCGCUGAUGCAGGACACGUGCGCGCUGGUGAUCCGCGCGGCGCGCGACCGGGGCAUGCCGAUGGUGCUGGACGCCGACGCGCUGCUGCUGGUGCAGCGCGAGCCGGACCUGGUGCGCGGCUACCGGCUGGCCGUGUUGACGCCGAACGUGGUCGAGUUCGGGCGGCUGACGCGCGCGCUGGGCGUCGACGAGCAGGUCAGGGCCGCUGCGCAGCAGAGCGAGACGGCCAAGGUAGAGGCGCUGGCGAAGGCGCUUGGUGGGGUCAUGAUCGUGCAGAAGGGGCCCAAGGAUCAGAUUAGCGACGGGAAGGUGACGUUCACGGUGGAUUUGGAAGGGGGGAGGAAGAGGAGUGGCGGGCAGGGGGAUACGCUGACGGGGAGCAUCGCUACGUUUCUCGGGUGGAGGAAGGCGUAUCUAGAUGGGAUCUGGGAGACGGGGAAGCAGCUGAAGGAGGAGGAGCUGGUUGGUCUCGCGGCGUUCGGGGGCAGUGCGAUUACGCGGGAGUGCUCACGCCUGGCUUUUGCCAAGAAGGGCCGGAGCCUGCAGGCCAGCGAUCUCACCGACGAGGUGCACACGGCCUUCCUGAACCUCUUCGGGGAGGUGGGCGAGGACGGCAGCGGUGCGAGACUCUGAUCUACCGUUGCUCAUCAUCUACGACCCCGUGUGGCACCCGGGUAUGCUGCUCUACGCGGCUGCGGGAAAGGGAGAUCGCCUCGCCGUCAUCUCCGCGAGUCACCGUGCUUCAGCCCAGUUCCUUCCAUCUCGGCCGACCCGGGUGGGCGUACAUGUACAUACAUACAUGCGCAUCCGCUCCGUGCUGCACGACCGGGUUUUCGCAGCUGCGAGUGCGCACAGACGGAGAGUAAGCCAUUUCC